AGCUAAAUACGGGAUGCUGUAUACAGAUGUGGUUUUGUGCCAACAGUUUGUUCCUGUUUUUGAAGAUGUUCGUGCGAGUGAACGCGGAUGAUGCUAUGACGCCUAUAAAAAGUUCACUAGUACAUGUACUUAAGAGCAUGGAAGGUCGCUGUCACUCAUAAAAAGUUAACUGUCAAAAAGCGGAAGCCACUCAAACCGUACAUGUCGUAUACAUAACGCCAGCAAACACCUUAUCCUCCCAGAUGGUUGAAAGCAAGCGUGUCAUCCAUCCCCUUAACGCCAAAUGUACAAGCAAUUAAGCGGUUUGGUGUGCCACUUUGUAAUAUAUUCGGAAUAAAAAAAAACUGCAAAUAGCGGUUAAGUGAAAAGGCGUGAUAUGUCUGCAUAAAAGUUAAUAAAGUGAGAAAGUGGUAGCAGCACAAUUCAAGAAAUACGAUUAAUAUACUUAUUUUCACAUUAAAAAUAUAGUUGGAGGUAAAGCAGAGAAGUGAUUGUAGUGAGUUAAAAAAUCGGGAGUUAAAAAAGGUCGUUUUACUGCCCGAAGGAAAUGGAAUAAUUAGUUGAGCCAAAAUAAUUGCUCUUAAAAAAUUGAUGUUACUGGAAUAUAUAAUAAUGUGCAAAUUUGAAGAAGCGCCACUUUACCGAAUAUCUAACUUGUGAACAUUUAUUAUUUCUUUCGGUAAUGUAAUGUAUAUUUAUAAAUACUGUAAAAGACCUACAUAUAUGCACACAUUUAAAGUGAACAUAAAGGUUAUUAAAAAAAAAUUACGUCAAUUGAAAUGAGAUGUAGGUAGAAAUUGCAUAAACAUUGUGGAGCGUAAAAAAUGAAGAAACGAUGAAAGCAGCGCAAGCAGUUUUACCAACAAAAUCCAGGACAUAAAAUGCAAAGAAAAGUAUUGACGUUGGAAUCGUCUUCAUACAGCGCACCGAAGGGAAGUGAAAAGAAUGAGGCAGUCAUCAAGCUUCUGCCAUCUGCGACUUAUGUCUUUGAUAACCUUUGGAUUGGUACUUGGCUCGCAAGUUCACCUACUGUCAACAUCAGCCUUGCACAUGUCAAAUAAUAAACUAAGUAUUGAUGCUUUGAACACCACAGUCGUGGAAACAGUUGGCUCAACUUUAUCCUUAUCUUCUGCGUCCAUGGGAGCUGACACCGCAGCAACAGCGGAAACGACGUUCACACUAUCGCCGCUGUCCAGGAACUCGCACAAAACGUCCAAACCUGUGAAUGGCCGAAUCAUUAGUGCGAUAGACGCAGUUGGAGACUACACCGGUGCGAUGGUUAGCACGAGCACAAGUUAUAUGCCCAGUGGUUCGUCCUCAACAACAAGAUUGAAUACGUUCACAACCACCAGUAAGCUGCCAUUUGAUUAUGCGCUUACAAAGAAAUGGGCCGGCUCAGCAACAUCAGCCUUGCACAUGUCAAAUAAUAAACUAAGUAUUGAUGCUUUGAACACCACAGUCGUGGAAACAGUUGGCUCAACUUUAUCCUUAUCUUCUGCGUCCAUGGGAGCUGACACCGCAGCAACAGCGGAAACGACGUUCACACUAUCGCCGCUGUCCAGGAACUCGCACAAAACGUCCAAACCUGUGAAUGGCCGAAUCAUUAGUGCGAUAGACGCAGUUGGAGACUACACCGGUGCGAUGGUUAGCACGAGCACAAGUUAUAUGCCCAGUGGUUCGUCCUCAACAACAAGAUUGAAUACGUUCACAACCACCAGUAAGCUGCCAUUUGAUUAUGCGCUUACAAAGAAAUGGGCCGGCUCAGAGGCGGUGAAUUUUCGUUCUUCAUCACCGAUGACAUCCGUAACAUCCGCUUCGAUCACACCCGUGGAGAGAACUCGGACGUUUCGAAAUAAACACCACCACGAACAUCAUUGGGGACCAUUUUUUGAAGAACCCCCCAAUUCGACAGCGGCAGGCGAAAAUUCUAUCUCAGCGCACCUAUUCACAGAGGCUGCACUGAACUGUCGAGUGGGAAUGCUAAAGGAUAAAACUGUUAUGUGGGUCAGGCGAACAACAGAAAAGGUCUCUUUAUUAACUGUUGGCAACAUCACAUACAGCGGCGACCCACGAAUUCGCGUCAAGUUUCAGUAUCCAAAUAAUUGGCGGCUGCUCAUUAAUCCCACGCACAGGGAGGAUGCUGGCGUCUAUAUGUGUCAAGUUUCAACGCAUCCUCCGCGAGUUUUUACAACAAAUCUAACCAUUAUGGAGCCCCCUUUACGUCUAAUAGACGAUCAAGAACGGGAAGUAAGUGACCGCUUUUACAAAGCAGGCAGCACCAUAGAUCUUUAUUGCCAAGUCUCGCGUAGUUUUCUACUUAAAGAGAGGGUUAAAAUUGAAAACUCUGUACAACCAUACGAGCAGAAUCAAACAAAAGUAAAUCCUAGCAAAGGCCACAUAGGAGCCAACCGCUUGGGUUCCGGAUACAAUGAACUAUUAUCGAAUAACAACCAAAGCAAUACUAAGCUGUCAGGCCAUGCGUUUGAAAAACAAUUCAUCAGCAUGAUAUUUUGGGCAAAGGACGGCGAAGUAUUACCUUCUACAAUAAUUAAACAGUCCAGCACCUCGGAAAAGUGGCUAAUAAGUCGUGUUUCGAUCAUGGACGCCAAACUGCUUGAUAGUGGAAAUUAUUCGUGCUCCAUUGGAAAACUCUUCACUGCUAUUGUGCAGGUACAAGUGCUGGCAG